AUGGGAAUACAUGUUCCUUCUAAUGUGCCCAUGGAAUCUACCCCAUUUAAAGGGAUGGAGUUUGAAGCAGAUGAGAUUGCAUAUGGUUUUUAUAAUGAAUAUGGCAGAAAGGCUGGUUUUAGUAUUAGAAAAGAGUAUGUAAAUAAAUGUAAAAAGACUGGUGUGGUUACUUCAAGGAGAUUUGUGUGUGCAAAGGAGGGAGUUCGAGGCAAAGACAAGAGAGAUCAAAAUGUAAAGAAUCCACGAGUAGAAACAAGAUGUGGUUGUGAAGCACGUUUGGUUAUUGUACUUAAUCGAGAUAGUAAAAAAUAUGUGGUGAGUGAAUUUAUUGCUGAGCAUAACCACUAUCUCCACCUUCCAUCAACUGUGCACAUGAUGCCAUCACAACGGAAAGUGGCUGCAACUCAUGCUAUUGAAAUUGAUUUGGCACAUGAAUCGAGAUUAAGACUAAAUCAAUCUUAUGAGCUUCUUAGUAAGCAAGUUGGUGGAUAUGAAAAUCUUGGUUUUACCAAGCAAGAUCAUAAAAACUACUUACGUAGUAAGCGACAGAGAGACAUGGAGCAUGGGGCAGCUGCUAGCUUGGGAAGAUAUUUUAGUCGUCAACUUAAGGAAAAUCCUUCAUAUUAUUUUGCUACUCAAUUGGACUGUGAAGAGUUGAUUACUAAUAUCUUUUGGGCCGAUGCAAGAAUGAUCAUUGACUAUAGCCACUUCGGUGAUGUAAUAACGUUUGAUACAACGUAUAGCACAAAUAGAGAUGCAAGGCCACUUGGACUAUUUUUGGGUCUCAAUCACCAUAGAGAAACUGUAGUAUUUGGAGGUGCACUUUUAUAUGAUGAAACGAUUGAAUCUUUUGUAUGGUUAUUUGAGACCUUCUUAGAAGCAAUGUCUGAAAAGAAGCCAAUCACUAUUUUCACAGAUUAA